UCCAGGGCGCCUUGCUUCCAAUCUCCUGCACCAUUCGCGGCCGAAUGUUGAGACAUCCUUUCUCCCGCCUGUUAAUUACCUGCUCUGGGCAUCUCUAGCAAAGUGCUGCUGAGAGCGGAAGCAAGCAAUCAUCGCCCACCCCCCACCGUCUGUCUGGGGGCUAAGCCUCACGAGUGAGUCCAUGUACAUCAUCCGGUCUGCCUGACAGGCAGGACUGAGAAAGGGGGGUUCCAGCCCCCCGUGGGCCGGCCAGGGCUUUAUUCUAGAGUCCACGGCGCGUGGCUGCGCUUUUCUUUCCCGUUUGUAGGUGAAACCCCAUUGGCUUCAUUGGCUCCUUGAUUUUAAACCACGCCCGGCUUUCUGCCCGCUUUGCUGCUGCUGGGUUCGGCCUCCCUGCCACAUCCCAGCCGGGUUCUCAGGAAACCCGGGGGCUCCUGUGGCUGCUAUUGUGUGGAUGCCGCGCGUGUCCUCUCUUCUCUUCCAGAGAUGGCUAACAGGGGUCCGAGCUAUGGCUUAAGCCGAGAGGUGCAGGAGAAGAUUGAGCAGAAGUAUGACGCGGACCUGGAGAACAAGCUGGUGGACUGGAUCAUCCUGCAGUGUGCUGAGGAUAUAGAGCACCCGCCCCCGGGCAGGGCCCAUUUUCAGAAAUGGUUGAUGGACGGGACGGUCCUGUGCAAGCUGAUAAACAGUUUAUAUCCACCAGGACAAGAACCCAUCCCCAAGAUCUCAGAGUCAAAGAUGGCAUUUAAGCAGAUGGAACAAAUCUCUCAGUUUCUGAAAGCUGCCGAGGUCUAUGGUGUCAGGACCACUGACAUUUUUCAAACAGUGGAUCUCUGGGAAGGGAAGGACAUGGCAGCUGUGCAGAGGACUCUGAUGGCCUUGGGCAGUGUUGCAGUUACCAAGGAUGAUGGCUGCUACCGGGGAGAGCCAUCCUGGUUUCACAGGAAAGCCCAGCAGAAUCGGAGAGGAUUUUCAGAGGAGCAACUUCGCCAGGGACAGAAUGUCAUAGGCCUGCAGAUGGGCAGCAACAAGGGUGCCUCCCAGGCGGGCAUGACAGGGUACGGGAUGCCCAGGCAGAUCAUGUAAGAUGCUGUAUAGUGAGUGCCCCCUGGUAGAGAGGACGGAUGUUCCGCACCACAGCCCGUGACAAAGAAAUAAGUAGUCACCUGCUUACCUUCUCCUCUUUCUUGAAGCCUUCUGUCCCCUGUCCUUGCAAGUGCUGCAUUUCUGCUCAGACUCCACGCUGCCUACUGCUGCCUACUGCUGCCACCUUCUGUUCCUUUAGAACUAUGCAAAGACUCCCUUUCCUCUCUGACCUCCUGUGCCCUAAGGUCUUGGUUUGUUUGAUUAUUUAUUUAUUUAUUUAUUUAUUUGACAAAAAGUUUCUCUCCUUGACUCACAGAACCUAUCCUAAUAAACAAAUUAGUCUGUGU